GGAAGAGCUCCACCUUCCUUCCUGCCAGCCAGUGUGGGGGAGACAAUGUUCAAAAUCAAAGUCCUGGCCCUUCCACCAACUGCAGCCGGAAACCAGCUGGAGCUGAACACUAGCCAGAGGUGAAAAUGACAGGCACAAGCCAGAGGCUGGGAAGAGCCUUUGCCUCCUCUGCCCACCUGAGCAGGAACCCGGCACCCUGUGGCGCUGGGGGCCAGCUGAAGCCGGAGUAUGACGCUGUGAUCAUUGGAGCUGGACACAAUGGGCUGAUUGCAGCAGCCUACCUACAGAAGCUGGGGAUAAACACAGCCGUACUAGAGAGACGUCACUUGAUUGGAGGGGCUGCUGUCACCGAAGAGCUCAUCCCAGGAUUCAAAUUCUCCAGAGCUUCCUACCUCCUCAGCCUUUUGCGACCCCAGAUUUACAAAGACUUAGAGCUCAAGAAACAUGGAUUGAAGGUCUAUCUUCGAAACCCUUACUCCUUCACACCAAUACUGGAAGAAGGCAUCCAAGGCAAACCUCCAAGGUCCCUUUUAUUAGGGAUGGACAUGGCAGAAACUCAGAAGCAAAUUGCCCAAUUUUCCCCAAAGGAUGCCCAGGCUUUCCCCAAAUAUGAAAUGUUUAUGAAUCGUUUAGCAUCAGCCAUCGAUCCUUUGCUGGAUUCCUCCCCAGUGGACACAACUGCCUUUCAGCAUAGCUCCCUGCGUCAGAGAUUGAGAGCCUUCUUUACACUUAAACCCCUUUUACAGGCAGGUCUUAUUUUAGGAUCACAGCUUCCCCAGUAUUACCAAGUUAUCACUGGCCCAAUUACCAAGGUGUUGGAUGACUGGUUUGAGUCUGAGCCCUUGAAAGCAACUCUUGCCACAGAUGCUGUGAUUGGAGCCAUGACAAGUCCCCACGCUCCUGGAAGUGGGUAUGUGCUGCUACACCAUGUGAUGGGAGGACUGGAAGGGAAGAAAGGGGCCUGGGGGUACGUAGAAGGUGGCAUGGGUGCCCUCUCUCAUGCUAUUGCAAGGGCAGCAGAAGCACAUGGAGCAAAUAUUUUCACGGAAAAGCCUGUGGAUAAGGUAAAGGUGAACAGCAAUGGGAGAGUCCAGGGAGUCGUACUAAAGGAUGGAACUGAAGUGAGGAGCAAACUGGUACUAUCCAACGCAUCUCCACAGAUCACGUUCCUGAAGUUGGCACCACGGGAGCAACUCCCUGAGGAAUUCAUCAAGAAAAUCUCUCAGCUAGACACCCAAUCACCAGUCACCAAGAUUAAUGUGGCUGUAGACAAACUGCCCAACUUCCUGGCUGCACCAAAUGCCACCAGUGGCCUACCACUACCCCAUCACCAAUGCUCCAUCCACCUGAAUUGUGAAGAUACCCAAAUCCUCCACCAGGCCUUCGAGGAUGCCACCAAGGGGGUCCCUUCCCUCAGGCCCAUGAUUGAACUUUGUAUUCCAUCGUCACUGGACCCCACUCUGGCUCCACCUGGCUGCCAUGUUAUCUCGCUCUUCACUCAGUACACUCCCUACACCAUGGCAGGUGGGAAAGUCUGGGAUGAGCAAGAGAGAAAUGCUUAUGCCGACAGAGUGUUUGACUGCAUUGAGGCCUAUGCCCCAGGCUUCAAGAAAUCGGUGAUUGGCAGAGACAUCCUGACACCUCCAGAUCUGGAGAGCGUAUUUGGACUUCCUGGUGGGAACAUAUUCCACGGAGCCAUGUCCCUGGAUCAGCUCUACUUUGCCCGACCACUGUCAUCGCACUCCAACUACCGCUCCCCAGUCCGAGGCCUAUACCUCUGUGGCAGUGGCGCCCAUCCUGGAGGAGGUGUCAUGGGAGCUGCUGGACGCAAUGCAGCACAAGUGGCCUUUGAAGAUUUCAAGAGCAUGUGAUCCACAGAACUGACUUAAGAAGGGCUAUUGUGAAGCCCUUGAAACCUGUCUAGCCAUAAACUCAUCUUUAAGACUCUUUCCUCCAAACCAAUGCAAUCCAAUGCACAGGGGUGGGUGGGUGGGGCACUUGAGACUUAAUGGUCAGAGUGCUAUAUUUGGAGUCAAAAGAGAACUGGGUUGAGUUAGAAUCCAUGUGUUUUUUAGGCUAACUUAUCUUUCAACCAUGAGCAAGUUAUAUAUAAUCUUUAUGGGUCUUGAUACCCUUAUCUGAUAAUAAUAAUUCCUGUAGAAUUCAUGGAAUUGUUGUGAGGAUCAAAUGAGAUUAUAUGUAUAUAAAGGUGCUAUGCAAAUGUCAUCCAUUUUAAUGGUUACUAGUGUCCUGAUGGGAUAAGGAGAGUAUUUAGUUAUUUUAGAAGUGGGAUCCUGAAGACAUACUUAUGGAUAUAGCAAUUGUAUAUCCCAGAUAUUCUGGGAGAGUUACAAUUUCAAGCCAUCUUUGCAUUCCUGUCAUGAGUAUGAGAUCAUAGUGAUAUAUUUUCUGGAUGAAUUUGUAAUUGCCUUUAAAAGUUUUUAUUUAAAAAUUUUACAUUAGUAUUCAUUGAAA